UGUAAUGGCGGGAAAAUUUUUAAAACUUUGUUUAUAAAACACUAUUGUAGUUGCCUUGCCAUCCACUGUUGGUAUCAUUAUUUAUUACAGUCGCAAAAAUAAAAUGAAUGUCGUAAAAAGAGAAAGACGGUGUACUAAAGCAUUAGCGAAACCUAAAAAUGAUUUAGUUCGAAAGGAUAAUGCGUUAGGUAUACGAAGCACGAUGGCUAUCCCUAGUACUUCUUACAAGUCGGUAAACUCGGCGCGUAAAAUGAGUAAAGACCCCGAACCCCGAUAUCAGUUCAAUGAGCAAAACCUUGCUACACCUAAAAAGUCGACGAUGGGUCCACCGUCCGGGCCUCCCCCGAGCUUCCAACGAAGAUUAUUUCAUAAUUCAACAUCUUCAAAACCGGAAUCCUCAUCGAGUGGACCAGCGCAUGCUCGUGUAUUAGUCAGUGAUUCAGCACCUGUCGACAGUUCGGAUUUCAAAACGCCAAAAAACAGACCUACUGCCCUUAGAUAUAUAAGCAGUAGCAGCAGAGGUGGUCAUAGUGAUACAAGAUCGGCUAGGUCUACGAGCACAUCCGUCGCACAAGCCAGUGUAAUAUUAGCGAUAUGCGAAGGUCGCGGGAUGGCUCGAGGUGAAAUAGGCAUGGCAGCAAUAGAUCUUCGCCAUCCUCACCUCGUCUUGUGCCAGUUCAGCGAUACAUUGCUGUACACGCAUACGCUCACCAAGAUCAACUACUUUAAUCCUGUGGAGAUAAUAGUCCCACACACUUUUUGCGAAGGUGUUCAACCGAGUCAGCUUUACAAACUGAUCAAGGAUCAAUAUCCCUUUGUAAAUGUAACAGCCGUGCAAAGACGGCAUUUCAAUGAUGCAGCUGGUCGUCAGAACAUACAAACACUCUGUGCUCCUCAAUACAGCGCUGUGUAUCUUCAAGUUCUACAUAAAUUUUACGCACUCACAGCUGCAGCAGCAGUUCUAAAAUACGUAGAAUAUAUUCAGUGCAUAGUUUUUGCUAGAGAAUCAUUGAAAAUAGAGUAUCACUCAUCUGAAAACACUAUGAUUAUUGAUGUAGGUACAGCAACUCAACUAGAGCUUGUUCAUCCAUUAGUACCAUCUGCUGGACCUACUUGUUGUCUCUUAGGAGUUUUAGGUCCAACAUACACUGUUGGUGGUAUCAGGGCUCUUAGAGCUGCUAUACUCCAACCAUCAUGCAAUAAGGAAUUCAUUGAAGCUAGACUUGACUCAGUUCAAGAGUUGAUUGAAAGUGAAACAGGACUAAUGGCAGACUUACAGGAUGUUAUUAAAAAGUUAUCGGAAAUAGAUAAAAUUCUAUUUCUGUGCAUCGAAACACCCAAUCAGAAUAUGGACAAAUACGGUGAAGCUCAGUUGAAUCAAACACUUCUUUUAAAAACUACUAUGGAAAUGGUUCCAAAAUUACUGGAAGCAAUGAAAUCGGUCGAAAGUGGAAAGUUAAGGAAAAUAAAGAUGGAUUUCGAAAAUCAACAUUAUGAGCAAAUAGCUGACAGAAUUCGUAACGUAAUACAAGAUGAAGCUCAUUUAGAGAAAGGAGCAAUGGGAAGUCUCCAGCGUUGCUUUGCAGUGAAACCAGAAAUAAACGGCCUUCUAGACGUAGCUAGAAGAACUUACUCCGAACUUGUAGAUGACAUACAAAAGAUCGUAGAGCAACUAAGUGAGACAUAUGAUCUACCUAUUCGCCUGAACCAGAAUGUUAUGAAAGGAUUCCAUAUUGUUCUACCAGUCGCUCCGAAGAAUCGAAGGCAUUUCAACGUUGAAGAUUUACCUCCAAUUUUCAUCCAGGUGGUUUUCAAUGGUGCAAGUGUAACGAUGACUAUUGAAGAGCUAGUUGUGCUAGACCACCAAGCCAAGGAGUCGUUAAAUGAAAUACAGAAGAUGAGCAAUAUCGUCAUUUCAACCUUACUAAAAGAACUUCGUCCUUUUAUGGCUAGUCUCUAUAAACUUUGUGAAGAUGUUGCGGAAUUGGAUAUUUUGCUAGCAAUGGCAAAAGCCAGUACAGUAGGCUCAUACGUAAGACCUGAAUUCGACAAUUAUUUAGAAGUUAGAAACAGCGUGCAUCCACUUUUGGACUAUAACACUCAGGUUACGCCUGUCCCAAAUGAUAUCUUAGCUACCCCUGAGCAUAAUUUCACAAUAAUAACUGGACCAAAUAUGGGAGGCAAGAGCAUUUAUAUAAAACAAAUUGCUAUUAUGCAAAUAAUGGCACAACUAGGUUGCUUCUUGCCUGCAACAAACGCUGUACUGAGGUUAUGUGAUCGCUUGUUUUCAAGAAUUGGAUUCAACGACAGUGUGGAGUUCAAUGCUUCUACUUACGUUAUUGAGAUGAAGGAAACCCAACACAUAUUAAAGGGACUGACUUCAACUAGCUUGGUUAUUAUCGACGAAUUGUGCAGAGGAACUAGUGUGGAAGAAGGAACUAGUAUGGCUUGGGCGAUUUGUGAGCAACUUAUAUUGAGUGAAGCCUUUACAUUUUUUACAACACACUUUUUAUACCUUACCAGACUUCAAGAUUUGUAUUAUAACGUUAUCAACCGGCAUACAGCAGUAACUGAAGAAACAGUGAAUUCAGGUUCAGAGAGAAGAUUAGUUUACCAGCAUAAAAUUGAGAUGGGAAUAACAAAAAUUGAACAUUAUGGUUUAGCUUUGGCUGCUAAAACCAAUUUACCGGACGAUACUGUUAACUUGGCAAAAGAACUUGCUGAAGUAAUUAAUAGAAAUAGACAGCCACAAGUUUUAAAAUUACCAAAUAAAACUGAAGGACAGCUAUUAUAUGAAUUAAAUGCAAGAAUUAGAAACGAAAUCCGAAAAAACAAUAACGAUUCAGUGAAAAUGAUUUUGCAACAAUUUAAGAAUGAUAAUCAUCAACUUGUCGAAAAAAUGCGAGCAGAAAGGAGCACAGUAAGUUACAGAUCUGAUACUAAUCCUAAUAACAGUAUAUCAGAAAAUAUGAAUAAAUCCGAAGAAACCAAUAAUUUGAGGAAAACUCAAGUUACAAAUAAUAAGAAAGUAUUUAAACCUCCUCUGAAAAUCAGUUCCACUUCAACAACCGGAUACACAAAUUCAGAUUUAGAAUCAAAUAAUCGAAACCUGUAUGCUACAGUAAAAUCAUCGACUGAUAUGCUGAGCACUAUAAUUGAAUCUAAUAAAGACAAUAACUUGGAAUUCGAUCCUACACAUACAAGUUUAAAAGAAAAUAUGACAAUACAAGAUAAUAGAUCUGAAUUAAACAAUCGAAUAAUUGGAAGCCCUAAAGUAACAACACCAGAAAACCUUCGCAACAAUGAUGGUAACUCAAUGACUAAAUUGAAUGGAACUGAUUCAAUUGGAAACGCUCUAGCAUUGGAUAUAGAAGAUAUAGAUAUCAAUAAUAUGGAAGAUGUGAUACAAACCAGCGAUGUAGAAAUGAAUAGCGAAAGCAACACAUCUAUCGAUUCUGAUAUAGCAUCGGCACCAACACAACUUGUAGAAGAACAAUCACAAUAUUUUAUGGAGACAGAUCAUAGUCCGACGUUAUCCGAUCAAGAGUUGAUAAAAGAGACUGUGAAUGAAAUUACUGAAGAGUUAAACAGCAAUAUGACAUUUGACGAAACUAUUGAGACCCUAAUUCUUACACCACCAUUAGAAUUUAGAUGAAAAUGCAUUUCGAUUUUGUGCAUUCAAUGCAGCCGUUUGAUACCUAAACCUAAGAUGAUAAUAAAUCUAAUUCUGUACUGUAUAGAAUAGAGUUCCGUGGAAGUUUCAUCAUGUAAAUCUGUACACCAUCUGAAAUUCAUAGAAACAGCUAUUAUAACUACCUAGUUAGUUACUUAGUUUAGUUUAGCAUAUUUUGUUAGAUAUCUGGAUACGUAAUAAUAAAUCCGUUUUAAUUAAAAGUGGUUAUUAUUAAUCUUUGU